AAAAAAAAAGGAAAAACAGGAGAAAAAGGGAAUCAGCCCGAGUAGUGAGAAGCGAGGAGCCUCCACAUAGUUGUAAGAAUUCCUUUCCCUUUUAUUCGCCUCUCCUCUCUGCUCCCCAGACGUUAGCGAGAGAUGGCUUCAGAACAUGACAGGGCGGUCCUCCAGGCUAUCUUCCACCCGGGCAGCCCGCUCGGAGACAGCGGCCCGGCUCUGAACUCUGAGGAGGAACUAACAGACGACGACCGGGGCUUUGACGCGACGCGGCUCACUGAGGUGAAGGCGCUAGAGGCGCAGGGAGUCAAGUCGGCCGAGGGGGGGGACCUGCAGGCCGCUCUUCAUCACUUCAGCGGGGCCAUCCUCAUCCUCCCGGAACGACCCUCUGCCUACAACAACCGAGCCCAGGCCCUGCGUCUCCAGGGCGACACAGCAGGUGCGUUGGCGGACCUGGACCGCGCCAUCACCCUGAGCGGAGGCGUGGGACGCACGGCGUGCCAGGCACUAGUUCAGCGGGGACUGCUGCUCAGAUUAGCGCAGCGCGACGAGGACGCCAGGGGAGAUUUUGAGAAGGCGGCCGCUCUCGGCAGCGAGUUCGCCAGACAGCAAGCCGUGGCGCUCAAUCCGUACGCCGCCCUUUGCAACCGCAUGCUAACAGAGGUGAUCAACAAGCUCCGCCACCCAGAAGUGUCCCAGACAUAAUUUGUUUUCCUUAAUGUGAUGUGAAUGAAAGUGUAAACGGUUGCUGCUGGUUACUUCAACGUUAUUUUACCUGAUGCCUGAAUACGUUAACAAUGGGCCUAAAAUCAAAUUGAGAUAAUAAGCAAACGUUACGUCUGUGAAUGUUUACGUUGCAGCGUGGCACUCUGUCACGCUUUGUUUCAUUAAAAACCUGAUUGUAUUUUCA